GGCUGUUUCCUGCUUUGAGUUGAUAUAGAACAGAACAGAGAAGAGAAACUUCCUUGACUGUAGAGCUCAGUAUUCUGACGCUGUAGAGAGGACUCUUUUUACAAAUGCAGUUCACGUUAAUUUGAGACAAACUGGGAGCUGGAAACACAGAAACAUGAGCCGGGGAUCGAAGAGUAAAUCGGACGGCGCCAGGAGCUCCCUGCUGAGCCCGCAGGAGAACGAGAAGUUAGAGGAGCUACUGGGCAGAAGGUGUGCUGUAAGUCCUGAACUGAUGAGGGUCCUCUGUGGGACUCAUGUCCUCCUGAAUGUCUCUUAGCUUUGCCUUCACUUACAGACGAGGUGAUUGUAACCGAACAGGUUUGUCAGGCUGCUUCAUAAGAAUGUAAAUAACUCUAGGCCUCAUGACGUCUCUUUACCAUCACAUCCUGAAUUUGAAUGAUCACUGUUGAUCGCUGAACUUGGAAGUAAGAGCCAUAUAAUUUUACACUUAUCUCUGUACAACUUUUAGUUUUUGUUUGACCCCUCAUCUGACCUGUCUUUUGUGUAUUUUAGUCCUCAUUUUUCACUUUUGACUCAAAUCAACAAAAAACAACAUUUUAUUCUUGAACAAUUUAUAUAUUUUUCAGAGUUUACUGCACUUUGAAGGAGCUGCAGCUCAAAAAUGAAGUGCUGCCAUUAGGUCAUCAAAAGAGGUAGCUGUAACAGGAAACGGUUGCUGAACCGUUUCUUCCUCUGCUGUCAGAAUUAGACACUAUAGCAUGUUUCAGUCUUACAGCAGAGUUCAGCUUCCUCUGUUUCUGAUGGUUUUUUGUGUCUACUGAAGCAGACACAACAGAUAAAGCCAGACAAGCAUUACAAAGCAAAGACGGCUUCAUGUUUGACAGACUUUUAUGGCCCUUUCAGUUGUUAUCUGAGCAAAUGACAACAGACGAGGAAGUAAGUCCUCACCGCUCAAGUGCAAAUUUGCAUGAUAAGUGCGACAUAGUUCUUACGGAUCUCCUGCAGCUUUACUCGGGUUAAAUGUGUAUGUGGCAUGUGUUUGUGUUUGUGUGUGUGUAGUCCAUGGCUUCAGCAGUGGCACAGCUGUUCAUGGCUCUGCCUCACAAUCCAUCCAUGUGGAGCCUGCAGCUCACCGGCGUGGUCUGCUUCGUCAAAGACAACCCUCAGCGCUCCUACUUCAUCCGCAUGUUUGAUUUGAAGGUGAUUUUCAGAUAAUUAAGUGUUUAAAAGUUACUGAACGAUGACACAAGAUCAUUCACGUCUGUUUGAGUGAUGAUAAUGGACAGGUAUAAUAAGAGUGUUUUUCCACAGGCAGGGAGGCAGAUUUGGGAGCAGGAGCUCUACAACCAGAUCGUUUACUCCUCACCGAAGCCCUUUUUUCACACCUUUACUGCAGAUGUAAGCACAACCUGAUUUGACUGACUACUAUGAUGAAUUACCUCAAAUGUGAUUCAUGUUAAACCCUCAGACCAGAGCUAGUUUCCUUCAGUGGGAUUUCUUUUUCUUAUUUUAUUGAAUUCAUACUCCAGGAUUGUCAGGUGGGAUUGAACUUUGCUGAGCAACAGGAGGCAGAAACUUUCCAAAAUGUUAUCCUGGAGAAAAUCAACCAAAGACACAACCGUCAGGGUGAGUGAAGUCACGUCCGGCUCUGUGACAUCCUACUUAUUUUUAGAAUUUGAGAGUGUGUCAUGUUUGCAUCUCCACUACGUUUCUAAAUAAAGCUUUAAAUAUGUGUCAGGAGGAAAUACUACUCAAAUUGACCUUGUAUGAGGUCAUUUAUUCACUUAAUCUUCAACAAAUAGUCUACUCAGAGAUUUUUGUAUCAAUUAAACAGCAAAUUAGUUCAAAUUUUCUUGUAAAAAUACACAAAAUCCUGACAGGAUGAGAUUUUAUCAUCAGAAAAUCAAAUGUCUUUCUUCUUCAUAUGAAUAAAGGAAAUUGCUUAAUGUGUUUUAGCAGCAGAGUAAAUAUUGUUUUGUGGUGUGGUGCAAGUUAUGAAAAGUGGUCUCUAUUUUCAGAUAAGAAACAGCGCCCUCUGCCGACCAAUGGUAGGAAAACAGUAUAUUUAAAGACUAUGUAAUGUAGUAUGUGACAAAUUAUUAAAGCUAAAUAUUCCUCUUUUUCUAACGACAGAAAGAGGGUCCUUACCUCGACCUCCACCUGAUAAGGGUAACCAUCUCCUACCAACAUCUUUCUACCAACUCUUACACCAUUAACAGUGCAUUAAAAUUUAAAAAAUAAAAAUAUAUUUACCUGUUUAUUCUCCCAAUCUCCUCCGAAGGGUCACCCGGUUCUUUCCACAUGGCCACAGUGGACAUCCAGAACCCGGACAUCCAGACUUCACGGUACCGCUCCAUGCCCUCACCGACAUCUGCCUCAGCGAGCGGAAAAGGAAAGAAGGAUAAGAAGAGCAAGAAAAAGGGCCCCAAACUCUCGAAAGCAGAUAUAGGAGCUCCAAGUGGAUUCAAGUGAGUUUUUGUGAACUUUUUUUUAAGUUCUAAAUGUCCACCUGAGAGGAGCCGCUGUGAUGACAUGGUUAAGUAAGCUAGCCGUAACUUCCGGUUAAAAGACGAGGCUGACCAACAGCAGAGCUAGCUAACCCCCGAAAUAUAAUUUCAAAUACAUGAAGACUAAAUUAAAGCUUUUAUUGGUAAACAAAUAUACGUUUUUACCAGUAGUAGAAAACUACUUAAGUGUUUUUGUAAAAUAAAAAAAAAUAUUAUUUCAAAAGUAUAAGGUAACUUUUGUCAAAAAAGAGAAAAAAAAAAAACAGAGAAAGUAUUUAACUUUAUUUUGUUUCUGAAGAUAAUUACUAUGGUGGCCUAGAACUGUCACCGCUGCAAAUAAAAAAAAAACACUACAGAAAUUACUGAUGCAAAAACUUAAACAAAUGUUGUGUUUUUUGUGAUAAAACAAGAAGAGAAAAUCAUCUAAACUAAUAAUUUAUUAUACUUUUAGGCUGGGAGUCAAAUGUAUUUGACAAGUAUGGUUGCAAAAUGACAAAAAUAUUGACUAAACUGCAUGAGUAACUUUGUGACUUUGUCUGGUUCUGUUUCUUUCUUGUCAGACAUGUUUCUCAUGUGGGUUUUGAUCCAAACAACCUGGACCCUGAUCUGCGGCAGCUGCUCUCCCAGGCUGGGAUCGGUGAGGCUGAGAUGAGGGAUGAACAGACCUCCCAGCUCAUCUACAACGUCAUCGAACAGUCUGGAGGCAUGGAGGCGGUGAAAAGGGAGGUCAACAGAGGAGGUCAGGGUUCUUCUUGUUCUUUUUAAAGUCGUUUCCACAAGAGCUCAAAGGUUAGACUCAACUUUUAUUCAAAUUUUGUCCGGUUACUUUUCAGCAUCUGGACCUCCACCUCCUCCACCCGGCAGACAAGGACCUCUGCCUCCUGUCCCAGGCUCCGGUCACUCUGCUCCAACUCCUCCACCUCCACGAGGACGCUCUGGCCCCCUCCCUCCUAUCCCAGGCCAGCAGCGAGGGAGCCCGUCCUCCCAUCCAUCUCAGGCACGAGGAGCACUCCCACCCCAACCUCCUCCAGCAAACAGGGGCGGACCCCCUCCUCCACCUCCACCAGCACACUCGGCUCCUUCUCACUUCUCCUCGCCGCCUCCACCAAAGUUGCCCUCGCACAGCAUGCCUCCUCCUCCGCCACCGUCCAGCCAACAGCGCUCCAUGGGUUUCCCACCUCCUCCUGUCCCAUCUGCGCAUGCCAAAGGAGGCGGAGGUGGAGGUGGUCCUCCUCCUCCCCCUCCACCACCUCCUCCUCCACCUGCUCCAUCAUCAGACUUCCCUCCUCCUCCACCUCCUUCUUUUUCGAGCGGUCCGCCACCACCUACCCCUCCAUCCCAAGGGGGAGGUGAGGGCAGAGGAGCCUUGCUGGAUCAGAUCCGACUUGGGAAGAAGCUUAGAAAUGUAAAGUAACUUUUCUUCAUUCUAAAUUCUCACUCUCACGCUGCAGAGCUGACUUUUUAAAUCUGCUUUUAUACUUGAGAUAGUUGAUGUUGUUCAAAUGAUGUCUGGGUUUGCAUUUCAGGUUACAGAUAAUCCUGAGCCGCCUCCUUGUGCUUCACCGGGGUCUGGUGAGGGCAUCGUUGGUGCUCUUAUGUCGGUUAUGCAGAAGAGGAGUAAAGUCAUCCAUUCUUCUGGUAAAAACGAAAACACCGCUCUUCAGUCCGCAAAUUAUUUAAUCACUGAAAAAGGAGAAGGAAUAUAUCUCAGACGCUCCUUUUCUUUUUCUUCUUAGAUGAAAGUGAAGACGACGGAGGAGAUGAUGACGACGACGAUGACGAAUGGGAUGACUAGAUCGUAUUUCAUACUAAGUUCAUGUGAGAUUUGUUAUAGAAACGGUUUAAUAAGUCUUUUUUUUUACUCGCUGUAACUUGAAUUUGACUGGUAUUUGACAGAAACAUUGAUCGUACACAAUGAUGGACAAUACAACAGAUUCCCAAAAGUGAAGCCCUGCUGACUAAAUGCAGUAUAGGUCAUAAACCUGCGUCCUCCAUGUUAACAGAUAACAGAUUUCUGUCAUAAACUCUCUAAGAAAAACAAAUAAAAGCCUAAAAAAAUCACUCAAAAAAGAAAGAAAGAAAAGCCAAGGCAGGCAGAGCAACAGCAAAGACCCCAGAGGGUCAACCAAGCAGAGCAGGCAUCACUCAGUACGUCUACAUGACACUCGAGAAAACCGAAUUAUUGCCUUACUCCAAUUAAGACCGGAUAGCUGAAGUGCAUGUCAUUGGAGACGGAGAACUCUGAUUAAGACAUCCAGAUAAUGCGAUUGGAAUUCGAUUUUCUCUACCAUGUUACCAGUGUAGUCGGAGUAUGAUUGGACAAUACAUGCAACGACCCCGUAACCCCGGAAUAAAAACACGAGAGAAGAGGAGUAGCGUGCACCUCAUUUGCAGAAAAAGUAGCGCGUACUUCAUGUACGACAAAAACAACGCUGUACGAUGCUCCAUCUUCUUGCUCAAAAAUGCUCAGCAGCAGUUGUAGACACUUCUGACGUCUGGCACGGACCUGUUGUUGUUGACAGCGCCGCUAAAAAAAAAAAAAAACAUCGCGCCCUAGUUUUGGGAGGGGGGACACGUUCACGUCAACGAUUUCCUCAGCUGCAUGUAAACGCGGACAAGAAGAGAAGUCCGAUUCGGCGAAAAAAACGAAUUAUGAGCUAAGUCCAAUUAAGCUGUGGAUGUAAACGCACUGAGUGACAAUAUAUGUGACUCUCUUAAAGCGACAGGAGUGGAAGGUUACAGAGAAGUUUCCAGAGAAAUCAGGGAAGCUAAAGUAAGAUUCACAGAAAGUCCUCUUUCUAAUUUUUCUCCUAAUUUUGGUUUUAAAGAUUUUAAAUAGUGUUCGGUGGUUAUAGGUUAUAGCAUCAUGAGUGACAGCCCUGUUUUCAACCACGUCAGUUGAGGAUGGAAAGGAAAAAGUAACACAAACAUAGCAUUCACUGACCUCUCCAUAAUUGUGAGUGUCUGCUUCAAAAUUACUGCAAAUCCGAGAGUUCAUCUCCUCUGCACAGACUCUCCUCUACACAGAUUCGAGCACCUCCCAGAGUAUUUUUGCUUCACUUAGAAAUGAAAACAGGAGGAAUCGGAGAUGCAUUGUCCAUCUUUCUGUUGUCAAUGGACAGAAACUGUGUGGGUAAUGGAUUAAAGAGAGAAAAAAACAAUAAAAACGACUUGAUAUGGAAAAAACAAACAAGUUUUAGAGAAUUCUGAAAUGUUUAUAUAUUUGUUUUGAACACUUCCAGUGUAGGAUUCAUCAUCAUAACAGCACUGUGUUACUCACAAUGAAGGUGAACGGAGGCUCUGACUGGAAAUAUCGUCUUUUGUGCUUCCUUUAAAAGAGCCGUUUUUUAAAAUCCUGUAAAUACAGCUUAUGACAGAACACCAACAACCAAUACUAAAUCUGAUCCAUAUUCAUUCCCAUUUUUAUAACAUACUGUACAUAAAAAAAAACCAUGUUCUCGUAUCAUUUUCUCAUACAUCUGUGCAAAGAUCCCCAUUUCCCUCAAAUCCCACCACCAACAAAGUGCAUAACUGGAAGAACACUGUACGCUAUACAAAUCUUCAACACUCACAUACAGGAGGUCACUAGAGCACAGGACAGUAAAAGGAGUCAUUAAAUGACAACAUCCACUGGAAUUAGCUUAGCAGAACACAUUACACCUUACAAACAUCAGUACACACCACGGUCCAACACAGUAAAAUGUACAACUUGCAACAAACAACAAGAGAAAUGCAUGCAACUUAUGCAUUUGUAUCAUCAUAAUAUCUUCAUACAAUACAAGAGUAAUCCAAGGAACAUAUAUAUUAUAUUCACAAUCAAUAUAUUACAUUUCUGUUUCAAGAUACUUAAAAGUACAACACCUGUGGUUUUGCACAUUGAGCCUAUUUACGACACACUGUAUAUAUUUUACAUCACAGUCUGAUUAUUUCAAAGAUGCAGCAAAACAUAUGAGAUUAUUUCGACUUUUAACCACAGUAACGUUGUGCUUUAAUGAAAAUCCGGAUGUCUUUAGAAAGCCCUUACUGGUGCAUUUAAGGACUGCUGGAAAUGUAACAUUUAAAGCAAGUGUAAGGGACUUUCUGCAGCGCCGUGGAAAAAGAGAUGACAUGGUUUUUUUUUACAUCUUAGCUGCUCCUGCCCUGUCCGCACAAGUGCAGUACUCUCUAACAAAAAUAUCUCGCCCUUCCUCCUUUUCAGCAGCUCACGUACUACUCACUGUGAAACCUUGCUGGGGAAAAUGUAAACAAACUCUCUUUUGGUCUACACCCUGCAUGUCACCUCGUCUAACACCAGCCCAGUGGAGAACGUUAAAAACACAGACCGAGAAAUAGUCUUCCCAGGCAAAACAUAGAUCAGUACGUUUUGUAAUAAUCCCUAUAAUGGGUGAUAAAUCCGAAGCGAGUGUCCAGUUGAUAACUUCGACUCAUACCUUAGUUUUUGUGACAUAAAAUAUACACAAUUUGUGUUUCAUAGGAGGAAACUUGCAAAACCACCUGUAUAGUACUAACACAACAGCAUGACAGCAUCCCCUGCCCAAUGAACGGUGGUGACGCACAAUCAUGCGUGUCGAACAAAAAGUCCAGUAAAAGUCCAGACAGACCAGUGUUGGACACGGUGAGUCUCGUUCUCUAGCCCAGGCCUUGGUCCUGGCUCUCUGUGUGUCUGCGGCUGGUGCGUUUACGUUGUUGUUGUUGUUGCUGCUGCUGCUGCUGCUGCUGUUUGGGAUUCAGCUGUUCCCAGUAGGACUGGCAGUACUGGUUUAUCAGUCUGAUCUCAGGCGGGAAGGGCGUGGAGGCGAGCGGCGACUGCGGGUAAGGCCCCGCGUGGCGUGUUUUCGGCUCUUCGUCCUCGUCUUGAGCGGUGAGAGCCAAAACGAUGUCUCGGUCCAGGAUGCGCAGCGCCACGCGGGCCACCGUGUGUUUGAAGUUGUUCUCAGUGGCGAGGCAGUGAUAGAGCCCUGCGUCUGAUUGGUUGAGAGACUUCAGGAGGAUGCCGUGGUUGGUUUUGAGAACACCUCCAAGACGGUUGAGC